ACGGUGGCGGCGGUUUGUGGUCGUUGGUCCCAGGGAUUUACGACCAACAUUUGAAGACCCGAAGGGGAACUACAGCCAUGAAUGAAGAAAACAUAGAUGGGACAAAUGGAUGCAGUAAAGUUAGAACUGGUACUCAGAAUGAAGCAGCCUUACUUGCUUUGAUGGAAAAGACUGGCUACAACAUGGUUCAAGAAAAUGGGCAAAGGAAAUUUGGUGGUCCUCCCCCAGGUUGGGAAGGUCCACCUCCACCUAGAGGCUGUGAAGUUUUUGUAGGAAAAAUACCUCGUGAUAUGUAUGAAGAUGAGUUAGUUCCUGUAUUUGAAAGAGCUGGGAAGAUAUAUGAAUUUCGACUUAUGAUGGAAUUUAGUGGUGAAAAUCGAGGUUAUGCUUUUGUGAUGUAUACUACAAAAGAAGAAGCCCAGUUAGCCAUCAGAAUUCUUAAUAAUUAUGAGAUUCGACCAGGGAAGUUUAUAGGUGUGUGUGUAAGCUUAGAUAAUUGCAGGCUAUUUAUUGGAGCUAUUCCUAAGGAAAAGAAGAAAGAAGAAAUUUUGGAUGAAAUGAAGAAAGUUACAGAAGGAGUUGUAGAUGUCAUUGUUUAUCCAAGUGCUACUGAUAAGACCAAAAAUCGCGGUUUUGCAUUUGUUGAAUACGAAUCCCACAGAGCUGCUGCUAUGGCUAGGAGAAAACUAAUUCCAGGUACAUUCCAAUUGUGGGGCCAUACUAUUCAGGUAGAUUGGGCUGACCCAGAGAAAGAGGUUGAUGAGGAAACCAUGCAGAGAGUUAAAGUUCUCUAUGUAAGAAAUUUAAUGAUCUCAACUACAGAGGAAACAAUUAAAGCAGAAUUCAACAAAUUCAAACCUGGUGCAGUUGAACGAGUAAAGAAACUCAGAGAUUAUGCUUUUGUUCACUUUUUCAACCGAGAAGAUGCAGUAGCUGCUAUGUCUGUUAUGAAUGGAAAAUGCAUUGAUGGAGCAAGUAUUGAGGUAACACUGGCAAAACCAGUAAAUAAAGAAAACACUUGGAGACCGCAUCUUAAUGGUCAAAUUAGCCCUAAUUCUGAAAACCUGAUUGUGUUUGCUAACAAAGAAGAGAGCCACCCAAAAACUCUAGGCAAGCCACCGACUCUUCCAGCUCGUCUCAAUGGUCAGCAUAGCCCAAGCCCUCCUGAAAUAGAAAGAUGCACUUACCCAUUUUUUCCUGGAACAAAGCUUACUCCAAUUAGUAUGUAUUCUCUAAAAUCCAAUCAUUUCAAUUCUGCAGUAAUGCAUUUGGAUUAUUACUGCAACAAAAAUAAUUGGGCACCACCAGAAUAUUAUUUAUAUUCAACAACAAGUCAAGAUGGGAAAGUACUCUUGGUAUAUAAAAUUGUUAUUCCUGCUAUUGCAAAUGGAUCCCAGAGUUACUUUAUGCCAGACAAACUCUGUACUACCUUAGAAGAUGCAAAGGAACUGGCAGCCCAGUUUACACUACUUCAUUUGGCAAUACAUGUUCCAGUCUGCUUGUUUACUGGCCAGGUUAUGGGGUAAAGACUGAGAAGAUGGAGUUCUUUCAGUAUAUUUUUCUAAGGCAGGAAAAACCCUGAAAAUUCAGGUUGCUAAUACAGAUACCAUAUUUGGAAUAUACUGGAAUCCUGUGCAUUUAGUUAUUUUCUGUUUUGAAAGAAAUAGCAGUAUUCCAUAUCUGAGAGUCUGAAAAACAGUUCUUCAUUUUGCGUACCAGUUAUUUUAAAAUUUAUGUAGAAUUCUUCUUCAAACUGAAAAGAGUAAAAUUCUCUACAAAAAUGUACAGGAUGCUCAUAUGAGUAGUUUUAAGUGACUUUUAAAACUUUUCAUCACAUGUUUAUAGAACAAUUCAUAUUUACAGUGUUAGGUCUUAGAGGAUACAAUGAAAAUUAAUACCCUAACUAGCAGGAAUUUUACUAGUUUAUCUCUUUUUGGCUUUUGUUCUUAUAUAACAGAAUACUAAAAGUAAUCUAUCUUAAUGACUCCAGUUUUAUAGAAAAUAAGAUCCUGUCUCUGAACUUUGAGCUUUAAUGUAUCCUAUUUUUGACUUUCCGACAUGCCUUUUCUUUUCCCUAGUUUUUUCCUUGUGUCUUGAUUACUGAAUAAUCCCUUACUGAAUAAUUACUAUGUUGUAUACCUGAAACUUAAAAAGAAAAGAAAAAAAAUUUCUUCUGAA